UAAAUCGAUUGACAAGUUUACUUAAGUCAGUAAUUGUCAAAUCUUACUCUGACCUCAAUAUUUCUGCUGUUUACAUUCAUAAUUAUUUUGUCACUUCGCUGAUUUCAUUUUCAGUUGACAUUUUUGUCAUGUUUUUUUUUCCUACGGUGAAGGGAACGAUAUUUAGAUCUCAUUAUUUGACGCAAUGAAGAAACAUUAGUGCCAGAAAAAUGUAAAAGAUUUUGUGACACAUGGACAUGGAUGCCCUGAGCCUGGACGAAUAUGAGGAGUUACAGAGGGCAGCCUUGGAACGUCAGGAGAUUGUUGCCAAAUAUGAUAAGGGACGUGAAGAGGGGGCUCAAAUUGACCCCUGGGAAGACCCAACUUUUGAGGUGUACCAGGUUACAGACAGAUAUGGAUUUAUUCAUAACAAAGCCCUACCUCAUAUGACAGAUGCUGCCGAAGUCAAGACAAAACAGGUAGAAUUAGAAAGAACAACAAAAUGGGUGAAAAUGAUGAAAAAUUGGAAGAAAUAUUAUCCAGGGGAGAAGUUAACAAGAAGAAUAUAUAAAGGUAUACCGGACAAAUUGAGAGGUGACAUAUGGUGUAAACUACUGGGUGUUAGCUUUGUCAAAGCAGAACAAGAUGGUGUCUAUUCUCGUAUGAGGAGUAGGGCUCGUUCAAUAUCUCCACAUAUCCGCCAGAUUGACCUGGAUGUUAAUAGGACGUACAGAAAUCAUAUCAUGUUUCGUGAACGAUACGGUGUCAAGCAACAAGCAUUAUUUCAUGUUCUGGCAGCAUAUUCUAUGUAUAAUACAGAGGUGGGGUACUGCCAGGGGAUGAGUGAAAUAGCAGCACUACUUCUCAUGUACCUUAAUGAAGAGGAUGCAUUUUGGGCAUUAUCACAGUUAUUUACAGAUAAAAAACAUGGCAUGCAUGGUUUAUUUAUACCAAAAUUUCCAAAGUUAUUAAGAUUCCAGGAACAUCAUGAUAAUGUGUUAAAGAAAUUUUACCCGAAAGUUCGCAGACAUCUGGAGAAGGAAGGAAUAGAUUCAGGUCUCUACACAAUAAAAUAUUUCCUCCAGUGUUUCCUUGAUAGGCUUCCAUUUACAUUGACAUUAAGAGUAUGGGAUAUAUUUAUGUUGGAAGGGGAGAGAAUACUCACUGGCAUGAGUUAUACCAUUGUUAAACUUCAUAGACGAAAGAUAAGGAAGCUAAGAAUGGACAACUUGCUGCCAUUUUUCCAGUCAGAAUUAGAGGCUGAUUUUAAAUAUGAUGAUGAUACUGUUAUAGACCAACUACAAGUAUCGCUAGAGGAGUUGAGGAAAGCCAAGAUGGAUGUCCCACCUAAACCCACAGCCAAUGAACUUCCUACCUUACCUUUUGGUUUAGAAAUACAGCCAAGUGUUCAUGAAAUAAUAUCUAAACGAGGUGCUGAUGAAACAUUUGAUGAACAUUUUAGGAAAAAUAUAAAAGGUGGAAAAGCAGCGUAUUAUAGAAAGCGUGGAUUACACGGAACCACUCCAGAGAUGGGUGGUAGAGGUGGAUCAGAUACGCGAUCUAUACAGUCUAGUAGAAUGUCUGAGUACUCAGCCGGAGAUUUAUCUUCGUACUACGAUACAGCCGCAAAUUCUAGACUGUCUAUCGCAGAUUUAGGCUCAAAAUCACCUAGAAGUUCUCGUACAUCAUUUGCUGAUGGUUCCGAUUUAGAAAGUCCACGACUACCUGGUUCGCGUCACACUCCGACGCCGCUUGACGAGGAUGACAUGGAAAUUGAACAUGAAUUGACCAAUAUUCCAUUUAAGGAGAAAGUACAUGUGAAUGGUACAGAUACUUUAACAAGAGAAUCAACUCUUGAGAAUAUGCCAAAUGAAGUGUUUGAUGUUAAACCACCUUCUCAGGCAUCUGAUUAUGAUAAUAUGAAUGGUGAAAAUAUGAAUGGAAAUGCCGAUUAUGAUAACUUGGAAAAUGAGCCAGUAGAAUUAAAUGUUGAACAUAUACAGUCUAUCCCUGUGCAAUAUGAGAUACCAGUAAAACAUCUGUCAUCGCAACCACGUCGUGUCCCAAUACCUGAUAUCCCUAUAAGAUAUGACAAUACUGUGCAAGUACCUGUUAAACAUGAAAGUUCAGUAGAAACUGCGCACAUUAACCAUUCACCUACCAUUGUUGUGAAACCUCAUACGCAGGUACAUUCUAUACCAAUCAGUAAAUCUGAUGGUUUUAUAAUAGACGGAAAACUUCCUCCGACAGAAGAUGUCUGGAUUGAACGGAAAGAAAAUCAGAUAGUUGUUAAUAAAGAGACAAUGGACGUAUCCUCUAGUGUUCAGAAUGGUGUCAGUGCUCAGUCAUUCACAUCUUCAGUUAAGAAACGAUCUUCAGAACGCCCACCUUCCAACAAGUCUAGUCAUAAUCCCGCAAGUCCACGUCAUCCCACAGAAUUCAGGCACAGUCCACAGAGGGGAAAUAGCAAAAGUAAUCCAAAUACUCCUACAUAUUCGGAACAUGGCAGUCAGCCAUUCCCGUCACCAAAGUUUGUUUCCCAGCUUCAGAUACGAAGGCAGCCAGGUAUAAGUACAGAACAACAAAAUGGAUACAGUAUGCAGAUAGAUUACACCGAGCAACAGAUGCAAACACCUCAACGAUCAAGAUCAUCACAGUCAAAUGUUAAAAGGGAGAUAAAUGUGCAUCACCUUUAAGUACAGAUAAAUUCCCCUUAUUUUUGUUAGACAUAACUCUUAUUUGCUAGAAAUAGUUUAAGAAAAAAUUGCAUUUAUAAUGCAUUAUAUCCGAUAGUAUAUUUUACUCUUAGUAUAUUUUACUAUAUACAGUAUGUUAAGACUUAUAAGUAAAAUGUUGUCACAAAAAUUCACACAUCAACAGUUAACUGCUAGUUUAAUUUUAAACAUUUAUUUAAGUUUUGUGUAGUUAUAAAAUUACUGUAUUACAUCUCCCAACAUGUUAGACUGUAUUUCAUUUAUAUUUCAUCCUGGUUACUGUUAGCUAUAUAAUUUUUUAAUGUCAUGGUAACUAAGACCACAAUGUAAUUUGCAAUAGGAAAUUUGAAUCAUUUAGAUGAUUAAGUUGACAAAUUUUAACUCAAUUUAGUUGACAAAUUUAACUUGAUUUAGUUAACAAAUUUAAACAUUACAAAUAUUUUUUUUGCAAAGAAUUACUACUGGAAUUUGUUUUUUAGGAGAACAUGAUUACUACUAAUGUACAUUAGGAAAUAAAAACAUGAUAAACUAAUCAAAUACUAAAUUAUGCUUAUGAUUUGUAUUACUCUGUCUCAUUUUGUAUUUUCGGCAUUGGACAAAUAUGAUAGGUGGAUAAGAUUUAUAUUUGGACUUCUAACAUUGUAGCUAUGUUAGGUCUAUAAUCAAACUACAGCUUUUGUUGUUGCCUAUAAAAGAGUAUUUGAGAUAUUAUGUGAUGUGUUUUAAGUUUAGUAAGAAUGUAAUGUGGAUGUUGGCUUCUAAUCUGAUGGUUUAAGUGCUAUGCUUUAUAAUAAAAAGUAAAAACAAGACGAAGUGCUGCCAUAACUUGCCAGAGUGAUAAAAUCUCUAUUACAGAUAUGAAUAUAUCACAUUAUGUUAUGUUUGAGGUUAUACAGUUAUAUACUUCUGUUGAGGUCAAUAAAUAGUUUAACUGACCUGAUAGCAGAUAAUGACCAAGGACAUAAUUUCAAUGUAAAGUUGAAAGAUAGUUCACAAAGUCAACAUCAUUAAUGUUAUGAUUUAUUAUUUCUGCUGUGUAACAUUUUACAGUUUUUUUCAUGACAUCACAGUCCAAUAAGAAUUUUGUUAAUUAUUAUUUUGUGGCAAAAACAAAAUUUAAUAAAUCAAAAUCCACAUGUAUAAUAGUAAGUGAAAUUACAUUUAAUGCUUGAAUACUUUUGCUGCAUGUUGAAAUAUGUUGCUAUGCUCAGUUACAGCUGAUUUUGAACUUAAAUAAUAAUAAUGUCUUAAUAGUUACAAAAUGACAAAAUAUUUUUGAAGUAUGUAAAUAUAUUUUUGGUAUUUAAGAAUUAUAGAGCUGUAUUCCACAGUUUAAGUAUUACACAUGACUAUGUCAGCCAAAUAAAAAAAUUUAAUGUACAAUUUACACAUAUUAUUGUAAAAUAGCUAUUUUUCUGGGGAAAAUGUAGUAAAUAAGAUAUCAUCAUUAAGUUAGAUAUUUGGAAAAUUUAUUUUAUGCAGUAUUAAGUAAUAAAGGGGUGUUAUCUGAUAAUCAUUGAGGAUAUUGGUACUUGAUUCAAGUGACAUUGUUAAAUGACAACUUUGUCAUUGUUUUUACUGAAUAGUUGUUUUGAAAGUCAACAUCCUGAUUGAUUGUUGAUAAGUUAAUACAUCUUAUAUCAAUCUCUAGUGGUUUAUCCUACUUUUUUUAAAUCUUUAUUUGUUUUUUGAGGAUUUUUUUUUUGUUCUCUUGUAUAGGUUUAGUUGUCAUAUUGAGUUUAAGAUUACAGUAUAAAUUGUUACAACCUAUAAACAUGUACAUCUAUUCAUAAAUUAUUGUUUAGCAGAGGCAGUUUUAUUCAUUUGUAAUUCAAAUAAUUUUAACAAUCAGUUAUAUAAGUAAAAAAAAAAUGAGGUUUAAGAAAUUGAAGAAAUACUCUUAAUUGAAUAGAAAAUUAGGAACAGAACAGAACAAAUAUUUUAUUUGACUUAAGCAUUACAAGCUCAUGGUUUUUAAAUAAUGAAAAGAAAAAAAGUUAAGUAAUGAAAAGAAAAAACAUACAUAUUCUUGGUAUUAGUUAUAAAUGAUAUAAGGUAAUGCCGGGAAAGUUACAGUGAUGGUUAAGGUGGAUUGUGAGGUGUAAUAAUAAAGUACUGUUGUUAUACAAUAUUGUUAUAUCAUGUUAUAAAAAAGAUGUUAAAUAUAUUUUAUCUUAUUAUAUGUUGUGCAAUAUAACUCUAGGCUCAUGUAACAGAAAUAUUUAUCUUAUAGUGAAGUACUUGUACAUAAAUAACGAUAGAUAUUGAAGAAGAAAGUAGGUAAAUCUGCCAUGUAAAAUAUUAAUUGUCAUAUUUUUACUGACUUAAUAUUAUAAGAACUAUUUUUCAAAUCACUGUAGCAUUGGUUAAGACUUGAUAACAGAUUGACUGCUUAGCUGAUUGAAUUAAAAUGAUUUUUUUCCCACUGAAUUUAUUCCAUUUUUCAUCCCAAAAAUCAAAAACAUUUUAUCAUUUAGUUAAUUGUAUACAAAAUUUGACCUGUAUGUUAAUAAGAUACAAGUAGUAGAAUGAUGAUUUUGACAGUUUCAUUCUGUAAAAAGCAGCUGUAUUAUUAUUGCUCGCGAAAGAAGUUUUAUUCAAAGAAUAUGGAAAAUAUUUCAUCAUAAACUUUGUGUUCAAACUUUACAAAAUGCAUUUGGAAAAAAAAAUGGCAAUUGUACAAUGUCAUUUUUUUUAAGCAUACAUUAUCAAAAUCAACAAAAUAUCAUGAUUUUUUUUAUAUAUAUAGUUAAACAGUUGUAUUUUUAGAAAUAAAAUGGAUAUUUUUUCAUUUUAUAGUAAAAAUGCUUAAAGAAUUGUAAAUCUUAUUUGAAGAAAUGUAAAUAUUUCUUUGUUUUGUGCCAAUUUGCUGUCCCUGCACACUCCCCUAAUGCAUAGACAUAUAAGUAUGUGAUGUAUUGUACUAAUUUACAUUGUUGUAGUUAGAAGAUAUAGCUGCAUGCUUGUAACCAUAGCGAUAAGAUGACGAAGAACAUAUGCUGUGAUAAUUUGUUUUCCUAGAAUAUUUCUUAGGUGCGCUCAAUGUUGUAUCGUGUUUUUUACUUAUCAAUGAAAACAAUGUUUAAAUUCCCAUUCUUGCUGUUUAUUUUUGUUCCCUCAUAUAUGAAAAGUAGGGUAUAUGUUAUUUGAUUUGAAAGUUUAAAAGUUAAAAAAUGCUCAGCUUUUGUUGACUUUAAAAUUAUUAACUCGCACUACAUAUCCCUGGAAGAUGAUAAAAUACAAUGUUGUAGAUAAUCUUUAUUAUUGAACAAUAUUAGUUAUGCGUUAAAAUUUAGACUGAUUUUAAAAUUUGACAAAUGAUACAAAUUUGACAUAAAAAAAUUUAAUAUAAUUUAAAGUAAUAUUUGAUAUGCAAUACUUAACCAGAAAAUUCAGAUUGUUAAAAAGAAAUACUUUCAAGCUAAUAAAAACCCUGCAACGAAGUGCAAAAGGAGUAUUAUAUUGUUUGCUUUAGAUACUGCUUCUUGUUUUUAUAUUUGAGCCGUGUCAUGACAAAACCAACAUAAUGGGUUUGCGACCAGCAUGGAUCCAGACCAGCCUGCGCAACCGCGCAGUCUGAUGAGGAUCCAUGCUGUUCGCUUACAAACUCUAUUACAAGUAGAGAAAGUGAUAGCGAACAGCAUGGAUACUGAUCAGACUGCGCGGAUGCGCAGGCUGGUCUGGAUCCAUACUGGUAGCAAACCCAUUAUGUUGGUUUUGUCAUGACGCGGCUCAUUUUAUCAACUAUCUGUAAUUGUUAUGACUCUCAAAUGUUAACCUGAUAUUGUAAGCUUGAUGUUCAUAAUUCUUCUAUUUUUUCCCCCAUUAAUAAUGUUUUCAUCUGUAAAUUUUGUAAUAUCGUAAAGUUACGUGUGGGAAUCACAUAAUUUGUAUAUGUUAGAAACAUUGGAAUAUGAGAAAAGCUGUAUAUAAUUUUGUUGUUUUUUUACGGAGAAAUAAAUAAAGAUCUGGUCAAUCUGUGACUGACCUGAAUUAAGAUUGUUUGAAUCUGUUAGAAAAAGGGAGUACUUGCUGUUUUGUAUAAUUGGUGUUUAACGAGGGCACAGUUAGAAGCUGUUAAGCCUCUUAAAUUAUUCAAUGAAUAUCAAUUACAACCAUUUAUCACCAGAACCAUAUGAUUUUGACUAUAUAACUUGGUUAUGUAUAAAUAGUGUUUUAAAGAAUUUAGCCGUUAACUAAUAAUAUCAUUUAUAUAAUAUCAUUGUUUUUGUAAACUUAGACAACAGAGAUGAGAUAUCUCAUGCAAGUGUUUGAUAUACAUGUAUAUUAUUUCCCUUUAACAAAUCUUGCUUUGUGUAAGUUUCUCUGUUUAGAAACUUUGAGAGGUUUGCUUACUGACUUGUUUCAUGAACUGGUGACAUAAAUAUAUUGUUUUUAUUAAGUUGAUUAGAGAUGAACCAAAGAUUAUGAAAACAGAUAAAGGCCUAUAUGAACUAUUAUAGCUGGAUAAAAUAGUUGUUAUGAUGAUAAUAGCAUUAAAUAAUUUAUAAAGAA